AUGCGUUUCUUGCCUAUCCUCGCCGUCCUCCCAGCGCUUGCUGCGGCGCAAGAGCAAGUUCCCAUCGGGGACCGUGUUCAGGGUUGGUUCAACAAGGCCAAGUCCUACAUCCCAACUGCGACCCCGGUUGUUCCUGCUGCCGAGAAGGUGGUUGAGAAAAAGAUUGUUGAGAAGACAGUAACCCCUUUCACCCUGGACAACUGGAAGUCCAACCUGGAGCCAUCCUCAGAGGCGCAGGAUUGGCUUGUCUAUGUCACCGGAGGAAACAAGACUUGCUUCGGUCGCUGUGGUCCUGCCGACAAGGCGUUCAAUGAAUCCGUCCUCUUGUUUUCUGCCGAUCCAACCUCGCCUAACCUUGGAUACUUGGACUGUGAGGCAAACCCAGUCUUGUGCUCUGCCUGGUCCGCUGGUACUCCUACAGCUUGGUACUUCCAGGUUCCCCACGCCCAGGUCGGAGAGGAACGCCCUGUUACUCCUCUCCACGUUGUUUUCCUGAACGCGACCACCGUUACUCCCGACGAAAUCUACCAGAUUCACUCUGAGAAGACCUGGGAGAAGGUUCCCGCCGUCGAGGGCACCCUGCACCCAACUGAUGGCUGGCUCGCCCAGAACAACCUCAAUGUCCCCAUGGGAUAUGUCAUCUACGCCUUCAGUGCCAUUCCCAGCUGGCUCUUCAUGAUCGGUAUCAGCUUUGUCAGCCGAACUAUGAUGAGCCGCCGCGUUGGAAACACUGGAGCCCCCCGUCAGUAG